UUCUGCUGCUUAAUGAUGUUGUGGAGCUUUAAAAACCUGCAGGUCUGCAUCUGCUUUGCUUUAUCUUGUGCAAGUAGUGCAGCAGCAGCAGUGAUCCAAGUAUCUGGGUAUGAAGGCAAAACAGUGACUGUUCCAUGUCCCUAUGAUGCUGGUUUUGAGUCCUAUGAGAAAUACCUGUGCAGGAGCGACUGUCGACAAGAUGCAGAUGUUCUGGUCAGGAGCACAGAAACUACAAAGGGCAGAUACUCCACCAUCGAUGAUAAAAAGAAACGUAUUUUCACGACGGCCAUUUCAAACCUAAGCUCUAAGGAUGAGGGAAGAUACUGGUGUGGCGUGACCAAGACUGGGUUUGACAAAUAUCCUUCAGAAGUCUCACUGGAAGUAAAGAAAGAGUGGUGCUGUGUGAAGACCAACACGAUGAGUGGGAUUGUGGGACAACCAGUUACGUUGUCCUGUCCUUAUCCACUAAAACACAGGAACAACAGGAAGUUCCUCUGUAAGGGAGACCACCAUGACCACUGCACCGAUGUGAUGACAAGUGGAAGCAGGUUCACCCUCCAAGAUGACGUCUCUUCAAGCUCUUUCUUGGUGAUUGUCACAAAGCUGGAAGAAGGUGAUGCUGGGACAUACUGGUGUGGUUCAGAUUCUACGUGGAGUCCUGAAAAAUACACCAAAAUUGAGCUGUCAGUAGGUAAGAUCCUAGACAACAGGGGAAAACAAGGCAGAUAAAUCUUAGUUCAGUAAGGUUAUGUUAUGUUUUUACUUUCUAGCAGCAGAGAUUUGCUAAUCAUAUCAAUUCUUUAGCUGCAUUGCCACCAACAGAUUAUCAAUACUAACCUUGGCUGUAUGAACAUAUAUUUCUACUAUCUGCAUCUCACACUGUUGCUUCCAGGCUGUAAAAUAAUCUCACUUUGGUGUGAUUAUUAAUGAUAACACAGCACCGCUUCUGAAACUGAUGCAUGGUCUGCACGUUGCAAAGAAACCUAAACUCUUGCAGCAACUUUUGGUCUCUGCAGUUUGCCUUCAUCUACUUUGUAGAUACUGACAGCUAAAAUUGGCUCAUGUGUGAUAACUCGUCCUAAACUUAUAUUGUUCAUUGACUGGUCAUUAACUGUGUGUGAACUGAUACUAACCAUAUACCAGUUGGUCUGAAUGAUAAUAUUUAAGUAAGCUUUAUGAAAUUCUAUGUGAACUUUGUUUUUAUUAACAUAAUCUUCUUGGAGCUGAGAGACAUAGCUGUAUUGCCUUCAAUGACUUCUACCAUCGUCUAUUGCAUUUAGCGAUACGUCUGGAACAACACACGCAGACAACACACACACGCAUCCUUGUUAAUCUCCCG